AUGUCAUUCCGUGGAUCUAGUCGAGGCGGCUCAGGCGAUCGAGGUGGAUUCCGAGGUGGUCGGGGUGGUGAUCGAGGUGAGUCGAGCUGCUGAGCCGCUCAGGCUGGGCUUGGGUCCUCGUGAGACCGGACGACGCUUCGCAAAAGCUCGAGUGAGCGCAGGCGCCAGGCCGUGCCGAGUGCGACAUGAGGAUAUGGGGAGCACUUCAAGGAUCGUGAAGGAUCCGACGAAUAGUCUUCAGGAUAGAAGGAUGUAUCGGAGAACGGUACUGCUCCCUGUCAUGACCUUGCUGGUGCAGACGCUCCUCCGCGACCGGCCUGGCCCUUUCGCACCACCCGCGACCGCUUCGGCUCGCUUCCCCCACUUAUAGCCGGUAUUGAUGCACGUGUGUCUCGCACUUUCUUUUCCACCAUAGGAGGACGAGGAGGCUUCUCUCGAGGUGGUGGACGCGGUGGAGGACGAGGUGGCUUCGGGGGGGGCUUCAACGACGGGCCGCCCGCGGAGGUGGUUGAGAUCGGCACCUUCGUACACGCCGUCGAGGGCGAGAUGUUGUGCUCUUCCACCAUGCCUUCCAAGGUCCCUUACUUCAACGCACCCAUCUACUUGCCGACAAAAGCCGCAAUCGGCAAAGUGGACGAGAUCUUGGGUCCCAUCAGUGAGUCGAGUGCAGAGCCCAGGAGCCAAGCGACAAUCGUAAGCUUCUCAUCCUCUAACAUGUCGAAACAUUACUCGACUACCACAGACGAGGUUUACUUCACCAUCAAACCUUCGGCCGGCAUCCAGGCGGCUUCCUUCACCGCCGGCGACAAAGUUUGCAUCGGCACCGACAAGCUCUUGCCGAUUGAGCGUUUCCUGCCCCAACCCAAGGUUCCCGGAGUCGCCAAGCGAGGUGGUCGAGGACGUGGUGCACCCGGAGGUGCUCGAGGUGGACGAGGACGCGGCGCACCGGGAGGGAGAGGCGGAGGAAGAGGAGCACCCCGAGGCGGGCCGCCACGAGGCGGAAGCCGGUCAGUUUUGCCUUUCAAUUCUCUAGAACAAUUUGAUAAGCGGCGAAACGCUGACAAAGACUCUUCAAUCGUACAGUGGUGGGGGACGUGGCUUCUCUUCCGGCGGACGCGGUGGCGGAGGAUUUUCAUCUCGUGGCUCGGGAGGUUUCCGAGGGGGUCGUGGUCGCGGUUAA